AUGCUGGGAUUCAUUCUCCAGAACGAUGUAUUUUUCGCAACCAUCCUUAACAUGGUCCUCACCUUCCCAAGCCUCCGAUACUUCUGGGAUCCAGCCAUAGGUUUGACAUUAUCUAAGCAACGCGCUUCUAUCCCAAGGAUAGGGGCAACCCAGACAGCGACCUUGCGCCAGGAACCGACUAUGUUGAAGCCUAUAUCGACCUUGCCCCCGAAGCUGGUUACGUUGGAGCCUUGCUCGACUUUGCGCCCAGAACCGGUUACAUUGAUGGAAACUGUCACUCUCAAAGUAUGUGAUACUGUUCAAGAUGAACAAGGUACAAUAUGGACGCACUAUCCAGCUGACUCCGCGGCGCCACUCAUAAAUCAAGAAUACUUUUCUGGUGAGGUAGUGCUGCAUGAGACGAAAAGCAAAUUUCAAACAUGGACCUGCUGGGCGAUGUUGUUCCUAACAAUUACCAUCUUGUGUAUGCUAUAUCUGGUGUUCAGGUCAGGCUUUAUAAGCACUGGAGUACCUAUAGCUGAACAUCAAACUGAGGAAACGGAGAUUGGUCCAGGAGAAGACGAAAAGUCCGAACAGGAGUGGGAAACUGAAGCUCGUGAUAUGAUCAACGACCUGAGGAAAAAUAGACAAGGAAUGCAGCAUUUGAUGGAAAGCGUUGAGAAGAGGGAUGCCAUGCUCAAGUGCCUUGGAGUUUUCGAUGACAACGAUACGACACCAGAUGAAGAGAGCCUCGAGAAAUCAGUGAAGAACAGGAAGGAGUCACUCGAAGCUAAUGAGAACAGCUUGCGAACGAUGCAAGCGGAGAUCACAGCUUAUUCGGAGAAGAUCAAGGAAUUGGAGGCCGAGAAACCAAAAAUAGCAGAGGAUACCAAGAACCAAUGCGAUCAGCACUAUGCACAAAACGUUAUUCCCAAAUACCAACGGUCACUCGACGACAAGCAGAAUGAGAUCAAAUACUGGCGCGCCGCGUUCUUCAAUAACGAAAAAGACGAG